AUGCUUCGCUCUAUACCAGCACGCAGUGCUGUUCGCGCUCUCAGACAAAAGCAAAGAUGUUAUACACGGUCCUUCUCAAAUACACCCGCCCCUGCAGCAAUUGCCAUUUCCAAGAAAGGUCCAGCUGCUGUUAGAACACAAACAACGGCCGCCACCGCAGCCGCCCCCUCACCACAACCUAGAGAAAGUCCAAGCCCAGCAUUUAACACCACUCCAACAAAACGCGAAAAUCCUUUACAAAAUGCUCGACAACCAGAAAUGGACGAGUCGUUCAUUGGGAUGACUGGAGGUGAAAUCUUCCAUGAGAUGAUGCUUAGACAAGGAGUCAAGCAUAUCUUCGGUUACCCUGGCGGUGCAAUUCUGCCCGUUUUCGAUGCUAUCUACAAUUCAAAACAUUUCGACUUCAUCCUCCCCAAACACGAACAAGGUGCUGGGCAUAUGGCGCAGGGCUAUGCUAGGGCCAGUGGACUGCCAGGAGUUGUUCUCGUCACUUCGGGACCCGGUGCUACGAAUGUCAUUACUCCCAUGCAGGAUGCCCUCUCGGAUGGAACCCCAUUAAUUGUCUUCACCGGACAGGUUGUAACAACAGCAAUUGGCAGUGAUGCUUUCCAGGAGGCAGAUGUUAUUGGUAUCUCAAGAGCAUGCACAAAAUGGAACGUGAUGGUCAGGAACGUGGCGGAGUUACCCAAGAGGAUAAAGGAGGCUUUUGAAAUCGCCACAUCUGGACGACCUGGACCAGUCUUGGUAGAUCUACCAAAAGAUGUCACAGCUGCUAUUCUUCGAAAAGCAAUCCCUAUGGGCAGUACUCUUCCAUCCCUCCCUAGCCACGCAUCAAAGGCAGCAAUUGAUGCUAGCCAAAAGCACUUGACCGCUACCCUCCAACGUGUGGCUGAGUUGGUUAAUAUUGCCAAGAAACCAGUUAUCUAUGCUGGUCAGGGUGUCAUUGGAGGCCCAGAAGGGCCUAAGCUCUUAAAAGAGUUCGCCGAGAAGGCAUCUAUCCCCGUUACAACUACUCUCCAAGGACUUGGUGGCUUUGACGAGCUUGAUGAGAAGGCUUUACAUAUGCUCGGUAUGCACGGUACAGCCUACGCUAACCUUGCCAUGCAAGACGCAGAUCUUAUCAUUGCUCUUGGGGCCCGUUUUGAUGAUCGCGUAACUCUCAGCGUUCCAAAGUUUGCCCCACAAGCUAAGGCCGCUGCUGCUGAAGGACGAGGGGGUAUCGUCCACUUCGAAAUCAUGCCGAAGAACAUCAACAAGGUUGUUCAAGCGACUGAGGCUGUAGAAGGGGAUGUCGCUGCAAACCUGGCCCUUCUCUUGCCCUUAGUCCAGAACAAGAGUAUGACUGAUAGGAAAGAGUGGUUCGACAAGAUCAAGUACUGGAAAGAAAAGUUCCCUCUCUCAGCAUAUGAAAAGGCAGACCGAACAGGCCUUAUCAAGCCUCAAACUCUCAUCGAAGAGCUUUCGAAUCUGACCGCUGACCGGAAAGAAGAGACCAUCAUCACCACUGGUGUAGGGCAACAUCAAAUGUGGACAGCUCAACAUUUCAGGUGGCGGCAUCCAAGAACAAUGAUUACUUCCGGUGGUCUCGGAACUAUGGGUUUUGGUCUUCCUGCAGCCAUUGGAGCCAAAGUUGCCCGGCCUGAUUCUCUCGUCAUAGAUAUCGAUGGCGAUGCUUCCUUCAACAUGACUCUAACCGAAAUGUCUACAGCAAAACAGUUCAACAUUGGCGUCAAGAUCAUCGUAUUAAACAACGAGGAGCAAGGAAUGGUCACUCAAUGGCAAAAUAUCUUUUACGAGGACCGAUACUCGCAUACACACUCUGAGAACCCAAAUUUCAUGAAACUUGCCGAUGCUAUGGGUAUCCAAGCUAGGAGAUGUAUCAAACCGGAUGAUGUCAAGGAUUCUUUGAAGUGGUUGAUUGAAAGUGAUGGCCCAGCAUUUUUGGAGGUCGUUACCGAUAAGAAGGUCCCUGUCUUGCCCAUGGUGCCUGCUGGGAGUGCUUUACAUGAGUUCUUGGUUUGGGAUGAACAAAAAGACAGAGAACGCCGAAAGACAAUGGUAAAGAGGACAGCUGGCAAGCAUGGUGUCUAA